AUGCACUUCGGGCCGCCGGCGGGCAUCGUGCUGGCCUCGGAGACGACCAAGGACUUCCACUUCGUCGGGAUGCCUGCCGGGACGAUCCUGCUAACGCCCAUCAGCGUCAAGAUCACAGCGCAGCGGAAGCGGCCAUGGCAGCGCAACGACGUCAGCCGGAGGGGCCUGCCGUGUGCCGCGGCCUUCGCCUGCACCGACUAUAAGGUGCAGGGCGGGACGCUAGAGCGCGUGGCGCUGGAGCUGCGGGGGGCGAGGAUGACGACGGUCGAGGGGAGGGCGGUGCCGUCGUCGUGCGACCCGUAUAGCCUAUACGUGCAGCUGUCGCGGUGCCCGACGCUCGACGGCAUCAUGCUCGUAUCAGAGGUGCGGGAGCGGGACCUAGUGGGAACCGGGUGCCUGAGGAGAUGA